AUGGCUCUUCAACCGUCCUUCCAGCGUGCCCUGGUCAUCGCGGGCAAGUACGAUGCCCCGCACACGCUCGACGUCUUCCUGGACUACGUGUGCCCGUUCUCCGCCAAGAUCGCGCUCGCGAUCGAUUCCGUCCUCAAGCCGCUCUUCGCGCCCGGCGGAAAGUACGACGGGAAGGUCAAGGUGAUCUUCCGCAACCAGGUGCAGCCCUGGCACGCGAGCUCCACUUUCGUGCACGAAGCCGGCCUCGCCGUUGCGCGCGUCGCCCCAGAGGAGUUCUGGAAGUUCUCGCUUGCGCUGUUUGCGAGCCAGCGCGACUACUUCGACAUACCCACCUCCACCCUCACCCCGACCGAAAUCCGUGAGAAGCUCACCACGCUCGUGGCGGAGUCCGUCAGCGAGGACAAGGCGGCGCCGUUCAAGGACCUCGUCACGCUCAAGACGACCCCGAACGGCGGCGUCGACGUCACCGAGGACCUGAAGUACACCAUCAAGUUCUCGAGACAGAAUGGCAUCCACGUCUCGCCGACUGUCCUGUGGGACGGCCUCAUCGCAAACGAGAUCUCGAGCUCGUGGGGCGAGCGCGAGUGGACCGAGUUCCUCGAGAAGAAGGUCACGGCGUGA